GACUUUGAUUAGUCUUAGUGGAGGUUGUUUUGGUAUUUUGUUUCUUACUAUCGCAAUUUUAAAUUCAAAAUGUUUCUCACAAGACAAUGUUCAAAAAUACAAAAUUGUGCAAGAAUUUUGGCGUCCAAAAAAUUUUAUGCCGCUGUGAAUGUCACGACUAUACAAUGCCCCUGUAAACAUUAUCAAAUAUUUAGGUCAGAUAAAACAACUAGUAUAAACAGUUUUGGUAUCAUAUUUCCAAGUUCUGGAAUAAAUAUAGUUCGAUAUUCGACUGUUUCGAACGAAUCGAAGAAAUCCCAAGAUUUGUUGGAAAAGCAAAUAGCUGGUCUUUCGAGUGACAUUCACCAGAAAAAUAGGGUUUACAAGAAUGAUUUGAAGAGAGUGAUGAACAAAGUGAAAGAAAUGAACUUUUCAACCACAAGACAAAGCUUGCUGCUGAUAAGUUGUUGUGGUGAAUUGUUACCAGAUGAAGCGCCUUCAACACGAAUGGCUCUUACUGAGGAAAUAUGGAAUAUCCUAAAGGCUCAUACAACAUUUCAAGUAGAGCAUUAUAAUGAGCUAUUACGGGUGUAUAUUGCCAACAAGAGGACUCUCACAGCAAGCAGUUUCAUCUCUCAAAUGCAUCCAGUUGCGCCUAAUAUCACUACUUACGAGUUGAUUUUGAGGGCCCUUGGAGAGGCAGGAGAUUUAAAUCAAGCGACAGAAGUCAUAUCAAACAUGAAAGCACAUGGAUUUCCUGCCACAGAGAGCAUAUUCCACUCAUUGAUCAUUUGCCAAGGGAGAGUUGGAAAUAUCAAGAACAUCCAAGAAGUUCUUACCAUGAUGAAGUCUUUGAAACUAGAGAUGACCAUAGACACGCAUACAGCUGUCAUCAGAGCGUUGGCCUAUAACAAACAGCCCUCAUAUAUGUUCAAUGAGUUGGACAGGGCAAGAAGGAGCGGAUUGAAGUUCAGAGAAACACAUAUCAUGGAAAUUGUCAAGGCCACAGCAGACAUUGGAUUGUAUGAAUGUAUUCCUAAGAUACUUCAGUAUCUCCCAGAGGAAACAUUGCAGACACCAUCGAUAUCUGCAUAUAUGCAAAGUGUGUGUACGGCUUUAGUAUUUCGAAACCAUCCCAUACCGGCAUUGGAGAUUUACAAAUGUCUGCCGCUGCCCUCAUUUGGACCGAAGGAUGACCAAGGAUUGCAUGGGAGAAGCUUAGUCAGAGAUUGUGUUAAAGCUUCUAUUCCAUCGAGUGUCCUAGGCUUAGUAACCCAAGAGCUAAUGGCCUCCGGUCGGAACCCCAUCGCUAUACAAAACGCGUCCGAAGCUGCUUUACAACAAGGAAAGGUGCCCCUGGCCUUGGACAUGUUCGUGAGAAUGAAACAGAUGGGCUUGCCGCUCAGACCCCAUUACUUCUGGCCUAUACUGUUGCAUAACUCUAAAAGUUAUGGAGAAAAAGGCAUAAUGAACACUCUAUCGACGAUGGUCUCAAUGGACGUAAUGCCAGACUAUGAAACUAUAAUGAACUACACACUACCGUACGUCAGCUUCACAUCACCUCAGAACUUGAUGAAGAAGUUCCAGGAAGCUGGUCUGCCUAUCACCACUGUUAUGACACCCAUGAUGGAGACACUAUUGAAUACGGGGCAAGUCAGGGCGGCGAGUGAGAUAUGCGAGUUAUUCAAAGGUAAAGUAGACGCCGAUAAGCUCUUAAAGCCUCUAGUUAAAGGCUAUUUAAUAAGCGCGGAUAAUGUGUCCACUGUACAUAUACUCCAAGACAUAUUGGCGAAGGCUUCGGUCAAGAGCAAAGAUUGGGUGGGGCGAUUCCUGUGCACGUUCAUGCAGCAUAAGAAGCUGCAAGAGGAUGUUUCGGAUUUCAAGAAUUUAGUUCAGGCAAUAUCGAAACGCAGACUGAAGAUAUCGACAGCAGCGGCCGAUUAUUGCGUGAGCCGUAUACCAGAUAAAUGCAAUAAGCAAUUGGCGGAAAUUUUGCGAAACGAACUUAUCAAUAUAACUGACGAUAUGAUCGCAGAUGAUGGAGACAUCUUUACGCAGCAGAUGACGCAUCCGAAACAUAUGGACGAGGCGUCGCUUCGAGCUCACUUGAACGAACUAGAAGCUAAAGGCAUGAACACACGCGGCGUGUUGAGGAAGCUGUUGCAGGUGUACUGCAAAGAGGGGAACUUGCACGCGGCCAAGCAGAUAGCGGAUAGGUGUCAGAAAGAGGGGGUAUUCCUAUCAGCCGGUAUGAAAGCCGCCAUCUUUGAUUUACACGUGAAACUGGGCGAGUUGGAGGAAGCUGAGAUGUGUCUAGCAGAUUUAAAUAAAACCGCGCCGAAUUUCAGUCUGGACGAGUUCAAAAUAAUAGAUUUUGCGACGCUUAUGGUUUAUAGGCACAAGAUUGAUCAAGCCAUCGAUAUGAUCACUGAACAGUCGAAGAAAAGGCACGUGGUGGGUGGCCAAAGUAUCCAAAUGAAUUGCUGGCGGCUACUAGACGCCAUGGCGGCGCAAAGCAAUCCACCAGAGACUGGCAAAAUGUUCUACCUCCUCAUCUCUUUGGGUUACUGCAAGCCUAGUAACGUUAUCCUGGGACCUCUCAUACGAGUUCAUCUAAAAAAUAACAAUCUCCAAGAGGCAGUGAACGAAUUCACGAACCUAUCAGCAGAGUACAACAAGACUCCUCUGAAACACGAGUUGAUUUGCGCCAUACUGAGAGCCAUGGGCGCCGGCUCCGAAGACAACUUCAUCACGAACGAGAGGAACAACGGAAGGUUGAACAAACUGGUUCAGAAUGUGCUCAGUGUUAAUAAGCAGGUCCAUGGACCCGGGGAUGUGCAGCUAACCCUAAUAGCAGCAUUAGCAGACGUGGGCUACACGAAGACCCUCCGCAAACUAUUCCUCGAUCCGACCGUGAAGUUCCAUCCCGACGCGUUGCUGCGCCGCUGCGAGCGCUUCGCGGACGAGAAGAGAGUUCACGCGCUCGAGAAUAUCGCGAACGCUGUUCGAGAUCUUCGGAGAGUCGAUGUUGACGAGAUUUACGAGAUGAUACUAGAUGUUUACCAACGGGACGACAAUAGCAGCGCCGCGACAAAUCUCUUCAACAGAAUGCAAGAGAUCGAGGUCACACCGUCACAGAAAUUCGUACGCAACAUGUGUGCGUUGCUCAAAGCGAACAACACUCCGAUACCGACUGAGUUGUCCAUGUUGUUACAGGAGAAGAAAGCUGCUAGGGAACGCAAAUGAGUGACUUUUUAUGUGUGUAGAUAAAAAAUAUAAUUGAUUGUAGUAUAUGAAAUUGUGAAAUCUUUAGUGCUAGUCUCUCUAAGUUUGUAUAGAAUUAGUGUAUCUUGACAACGGAUCAGUAUUUCAAUCUGAAACGUCGAUUAGCAACGCAACAGAAUGGUGAGGUCCGGGAUUAAUACCAUAUUUCUUAGUAUAUACUUUUGCUGUCUUAGUUAUUAAAUUGUAAGUUAUAAAUGUAAAGUCUGUGAUAUUUAAAUUAUUGUAAACUUUUACGUUAUUAACUAUUUUGUUUUGUAAAUAAAAUAAUUGUUUUUCA